AUGGAAGGGGCACCACGGUAUGCCGGCAUGACCGGGCAAAAGCUCUCUCUGUCCAUCUCGACGGUGGCCACCUGCGGAUUUUUGCUUUUUGGAUAUGAUCAGGGCAUUAUGUCCGGUAUCAUCAGCGCAAAACCAUUUAAUGAUGUUUUCCCUGCUACAAGAGACAAUGCCACAAUGCAAGGUUUCGUCACAGCCAUUUACGAGAUUGGCUGCCUGGCUGGUGCUAUGUUUAUUAUUUGGGCAGGUGACGUUCUUGGACGCCGCAAGUCUAUUAUGCUUGGGGCAACCAUCAUGAUUCUUGGAGUUAUUAUCCAAGUCACAUCAUUCCCCGGCCAUGAUCCACUCGCCCAGUUUAUAGUUGGGCGAGUCAUCACAGGAGUUGGGAACGGGAUGAACACUUCUACGAUUCCGACAUACCAGGCUGAAUGCUCUCGUACAUCGAAUCGAGGGCUCUUGAUAUGUAUCGAGGGCGGCGUCAUCGCGUUUGGUACGCUGAUAUCAUACUGGAUUGAUUUCGGAGCUUCCUACGGUCCGGAGGACUUGACAUGGAGAUUCCCCAUUGCAUUUCAAGUCGUUUUUGGGGUUUUCAUUGUUGUCGGGAUGUGGUUCAUGCCUGAAUCGCCGAGAUGGCUUUGCAUGCACGACAAAUUCGAGGAGGGAGAGAGGGUUAUUGCUGCUCUUCAAGGAAAACCAGUGUCUCACAAUGAUGUUCAAUUACAAAAGACCAUUGUUCUCGACUCUAUCAGGGCAUCCGGAGAAGGAGGUAAAGCUGCACCCCUAUCGGCCGUUUUCUCCAACGGAAAGACUCAGCACUUCCGUCGUAUGCUUCUGGGAGUAUCAUCCCAGAUCAUGCAGCAAAUCGGUGGCUGUAAUGCGGUGAUCUACUAUUUCCCGAUUCUCUUUGAGAAAUCGAUUCAUCAGACCCACACAAUGUCCAUGCUUCUCGGCGGGGUCAACAUGAUCGUCUAUUCCAUUUUUGCCACCACCUCCUGGUUCCUCAUUGAACGUGUUGGCCGCCGUAAGCUCUUCCUGUAUGGCACAGUCGGUCAAUGCCUCUCAAUGGUGCUCACAUUCUCCUGCCUGAUCCCCGGAACAGAAAGCGCCGCCAAGGGUGCCGCCGUCGGGCUAUUCACAUACAUCGCUUCCUUCGGCGCUACAUGGCUUCCUCUACCGUGGCUUUAUCCCGCCGAGAUAUCUCCCAUCAAGACGCGUGCCAAAGCCAACGCCCUCUCCACAUGUUCAAACUGGCUCUUCAAUUUCACCAUCGUCAUGAUAACGCCCGUCAUGCUUGAAGGUAUCGGCUGGGGUACAUAUCUCUUCUUCGCUGUUGUCAACGCAUGUUUCCUGCCAAUAAUAUAUUUCUUCUAUCCCGAGACCGCUCGGCGCAGUCUUGAAGAGAUCGAUCUUAUCUUCGCCAAAGGAUUCACGGAGAACACUAGCUACGUCACCGCAGCCAAGAAUCUGCCAUAUCUGAGCGAGCAAGAGAUUCGGGAGAUGAUGAUUCAGUAUGGUUUGGCGAGUAAUGACGGCUCUCUUGGUGCGGGGAGCGCUUUCACCCCUGGAUCGGAGAUCGAUGGCGAGAAGCACGGCGUGGAGGGGUUGGAUACCCUAGACGAAAGUAGUACCGGCAGUCCUGAUCGUGCAGAGGGAGAAGGGAAGAUGGCAUAGACCCCCACUGGUUUAAAUUUAAAAAGAGGCUAGAUUUUGUUGGUUAACGGAAGACGGGCGAGACUCUCAGCUUUGUUGAAGAGCGAGCCAGUUCUUUACGUUUGAUUCCUUCUCCUUCUCUUUUCCUUUCCUUUCCUUUCUUUUUCAUUUUGGCACUGUAUACUAGAAUCGAGUUGCUCAUAGAGUAGGAAGACCAUGGAUUAAAAUUGUUUGAACUGCC